AAUCUAACGCAACGGUACGUGAGAACCGACAUGGCAGUUCAGAAGAUGGGCGAUCUUCCGGUGCUGAUGUUCAAGAAUCGCACGAGGCCCGUUGACGGAGCUACGUUUCAAACUGAACUCACCGAGUUGAGAGCCAGCAUCAACGCCGAGAAGUCAAUGACCGAGGCUGUGGAGUGGUACACGAACGCGAACGCCGCCCUCCUCCAUCAUCUGACGAAGGAAAUUAAGGACACAGACAGCAGCACUCUUUGGAGGUACCUGGUCGGAUUCAAGAAUCUUCUGCGCAGCAUCGAGUGUAAGGGUAUUGCUUCGGUUUUGGGCAUCAACUAUUUCGCAAGAGGGUAUCUGCAAGCGAAAGCAUACGAAAGAUACGUGGCUCAUAUGACGUUAGGUAGAGAUCUACUCGACAAUACUCUGAACUUGGUGCCUUCUUUGAUACCGCUUCAUAAAGACAUUAAAGAAGACAGCCCGGAAUACCAAGAUUUAGAGAAAAAGAAUCAGCAAAUAGUUGAUAACAAGCAUCAAGAAGGGAGUGUCGCUGAAGCUAUAGAGUACUUCGAUCAGACGGCUACAUUUCUGGAUAAGCUGAGGGCUGUACAGAAACAACUCCGAGAAUAUAUCAGGGAAGGUGCAACGGAGAGUUUGAAAGACGCAAGGCAAAGCGAAGCGAUUUGCGCUGGUAUACUCGUACUGGUCUGCGUUGUUUCACCCAUUAUAAUUGCAUUGGUCAGAAACGCUGUCAACACUAUACAGGUAUAUGCGAGAAAUUUAUCAGAGAAAGCAAGAGAACUGGAGCACGAAAAGGAACUUAGCGACUCACUAUUGUAUCAAAUGCUUCCACCGAGCGUCGCUAAACAAUUGAAACAAACACAACAGGUACCCGCAGAGUUUUUCGCCUCUGUGACCGUAUAUUUCAGCGACAUAGUGGGCUUUACAGCCAUUGCAGCUGUGUCUACACCUUAUCAAGUGAUCAGUUUCUUGAACUCCGUUUACAAGUUGUUCGACGAAAGGAUUGAAUGUUACGACGUAUACAAGAUUGAGACCAUUGGUGACUCUUACAUGGUGGCGUCCGGGAUACCGGUUAGGAAUGGUAAUAAGCACGCGUCCGAGAUAGCCAGUAUGGCGCUGGAGCUGCUGGAAGCGACAUCAAUGUGUCGUCUACCGCAUCGGCCCGAUCAGACUUUAUGCAUGAGAAGCGGUAUUCACACCGGUCCCUGUGUGGCUGGGAUUGUGGGCAGUAAGAUGCCUCGGUACUGUCUAUUCGGAGACACCAUUAACACGGCCAGUCGCAUGGAAAGCACCGGAGAACCCAUGAAGAUUCAAAUUUCUGAAGACGUCAAAAGGGAAAUAGAUAAAACCGGUCUCUUCAUCACGACCCCGAGAGGAGUUGUAGAUGUGAAGGGUAAAGGUGAAAUGACGACUCAUUGGCUGGAGGGGCGCCGGCCGGGGUCCCGCACGCCGCUCUCCCUAGCUCCAACACACCCGCAGACACGCUCCUCGCCAAGAUACAAACACGACAAGAUAUUUCAUUACUAGCAAACCACAUAAUAUUAUAAUCUUGUUAAUGAGAUUGACUGAAUAAGCUGAAGUAUCAAUAAUUAACGUAUAACUUAAGAUCUUUAUUAUUAUUUAAGUAUAUAAAACUGAAUUGCUGUUCGUUAGUCUCGCUAAAACUCGAGAACGACUAGACCGAUUUGGCUAAUUUUGGUCUUGAAUUAUUUGUGGAAGUCCAGAGAAGGUUUAAAAGAUAAAUAUGAAAAUCCUCGGAAUUAAAUAAAAAUAACCAUUUUGUUUUACCUUCGAUGUGUCCCCCGUCGGACGGAUUCCUUUUGUUUGUUUUAAGUUUAUUUUAUACAAAAGUUUAGGUCUUUUAUUUAUCGAUUGAGGCACUACAAAGUCUGCCGGGUCAGCUAGUUUGAUAUAGAAAUCGUUUAGGCAUCCCCCUAUUUUUGUUUGUUUGUCCGUUUGUUUAUUUUAAAACCGCUUUACCGAUUUCGAUGAGUUCAUAAUUGAAUUGAAAUCUUAAAAAUUAUGAUGCUACGAUAUUGACAGAUUUAACGUAAUGUUUUCAUAUUUUUUUUAAAACGAAGCGCAAUCAUCUUUUUACUUAAUUUAUUGUCACUAUUUUAACAGGUUUUUUAUUUUAAAUUUCAGUGCAAUUGCAAGAAAUGCUAUAAUAAAAUAAAAUGAAAUAAAUAAUGAAAUAAAAAAUGUUGCAAAUGAAUCGGGAUUCUAUACGAUUAAAUAUAGUUAAUACACAUAAAUUAGUUAUUGAUAAGCAACUCAACAAAAAUGUUUACGGGCGUCGGCCACUAGAUGGCUUCGCUUCGAUUAAUUUCUUAUUGCUCCUGUAGAUGUCAGUAACAUAUUACCCAUCCUAUAUUUUAUUGUUAAUGAAGGAUUUUGUAAAUUUUCAGAAACCACAAAUUGAUAAAACUUAAUCAAUUUGUCUAUAACAAAUAAAGACUUGUAUGAUUUAUAUUUUUUUUAUUUUCUGUGUUUAGUUGUACAAUAAUUAAAUAUCUUAACUUUAACAACAUAUAAGUUUAGGGGCAUCUACUCCAAGAUGUUUCUAGUUUCCAUAAAAAAAAAAUAUUUGUCUUAAAGUAUCGUAGUUUCAGAGCCCAGCGAUUAUAGACAUUAAACAUAAAUUAAAUAAGGGUAAUUAAAAAAAAACUCUUCUUUCUACCCGCGAAUAAGUUAACAUUUAUUUAUUCGAAUUUUCAGAAAUUAUGUAUGUAUAUCGGCUGUGAAAUAUCAAAACCCAGUAUCUGCAUAAAACUAAAUUUUACAGGAGAGCCGAAAAACAAUUUCAUAUCUUUGACAGCGUGCCGUUUCAAUAAUAUUAGUCGUACCUUCUUGAGAGUGAUUGCAAAAUUUGAGGUGCAUAACAGGCUUUAUAAAAAAGUAGAUUUCAUGCGUCUAUCACAAAAGAUGUGCGUAGAGGAGCAGUUACUAAUAAAAAGAUUGUUUUCUUAGAUCAAACUUUUUGAGUGUGACAAUUUCAAAACCUAGUAAGAUCACUUGCUUUGUUUUCAUCUAAUUCUAAAAUAUAAUGAGUGGGGAUAAACGCAAAUUAAUAGACUUAGUAAGAUCACUUGCUUUGUUUUCAUUUAGGUCUGAAUUUACUGAGUAGGAACUAAAUGCAAUUUUUUAAACAUAGUAAGAAAAAACAGAAUAAAACAACAUAAAUAUGGGCAGAAAUAAGCAGUUUUAAUGAAAAAGAAAAAAAAAACACAUAAUCGGAAACCAAA